AUGAGCAAAACGCAGAAAAGCCAGGAAAAUGUUUCCACAGCGAUAAUUAAAGAAUGGGAUGGUGCCACAGGUGGCGUAUGGGUAGCUGGGAUACCAAUCAUUCCAGGCACUAUGUUGAAACUUGCUGAACAUAAUUACGAUCAUUUUGCGCCUCAGGCCAAAACAGCCUACGUUGUUGGACAUGGAUAUGCAAUUGAGAGAGCUCGUGAAGCAGGUACGUAAAGUGUUAAUGCACUGUUUUAGCAAUGAGUGUGCGGAAUUAAUGCGGAGUGGAAUGUUUUUAAAUUCUAUUCAAAACUUUCUUUUUCGAUAAUAUCCCCAUUAGCAUAAAACUGCUUUCAAUGGGCUGCGUCUGGACUAUACGUAUAAGGCAACUACAAUCAUUGACAAUUAUACAAAACCGUAACUUGAAUAAUAACCGAAUAAUUAUUACGAUAUUUACAAGGUAGAUAUUUACAAGGUCGCGAGAACUGGAUGGCUUAUUGACUUAAACCAUUUCUAUAGGCAUAAAUUACAUUUCAUUACUCAGCUCCCCUGUAUUUGAACUUUUUGGAGAAAUCAUCUUUUAGAUAUUGGAAGUGACAGAUUUAUAUUAUUAUUUCCGAUGUUACUGGACAAAUAUAAUACUGUUAUUUAGCCAAGAGCCACCCGACGAGCGCGUAGGGCAGAGCUCGUGGCGAGGGUACUAAUUCCGGCUUAGUCGGUUAUUUACUGUACAUCCGGGGAAAGGAAAGCAUUAGCGAAGUCUAAAGUUCAUCAAUAAUCGCGGCGCAUGGCUAUGCAUUGGUGGUCAUCUCACCAGCUGAUCUAAAAAAUAUAGCUGUUUGUUAAGAGUGAAGGAAGCAAAGAUUAAAAAAAGCAUGACGGAAGGCUUGGAAAUCGUUUCACACAAUAAAUUGUAAGUCACCUUUUUCAAAUUUCAAGGGUAAGUUUGUUUUCACUGUAUAUGAAUGACUUUGCAUUGCUGUUCAUUUCCGCCUGGAAGCACUGAAAACGUACAGCUUCCGUUUAAAUUUCAUUAUAUGCGAAUGUUUCUUUGAAUUAACUUGUUUUAUUUUUUUAUAAAAGCUCCAAAAAAGGCGUUCAAACAUGAUGUAAAUUCAUUUUUUUUUUUAUCAAUGUACGAGUAAUAAGUUGAAGAAUUUAUCGGCAAAAAGCAGUUAAUUUCAGUGAACAUUUAAAAACGUUUUACAGAGCGUUUCAUGAUGAAUUUUACAUUAUAAUAAAGCCUAUGCAUAAAAUGCUAAAUGACAUACCUAUUUUAUAUAUCUGAGAAAUCCGUAGUUCUGUUGUUAAAAGUGUAAAACAUUAACUUAUUUUUGCUGUUUGUAAAAAAUAUUUAAUAACAAUUAACAAUGAUCGUCUUGCCACAGGCUGCGUGUCAGGUUCUAUGCUUAAAAUAGAGCCUGCUACUGAAGUCAAUAAAAAGUGGAUCGAAUUAGUUCAUAGACUGACUCUAUAAAUUAUUAAACUGUUCACAAUAAAAUUCACGUCAAUUGAUCUCAGCUGUGGAUUUUAUAACACAUCUGGAAUUUAAGUAUAUAAUAUGUCCUCUUCAACCUCUCUUAAUAAUUAUUUAGUAUGUAAUUCCUGGCCGUUUAAUAAAAAUUGGAAUAUUUAUUUUCGAGAUAUUGGCGGGAAAAUUGGCCGUUAUUCUCAUGUUUUAAAUUAGCUUUGAUAAUCUAAUUAACAAUCGCCGUUUUGAUUGGGUGUUAUUUUCGUGCAUUCAAAUCACUGUCCACUUUUUAUUGUCCACUCUUUUCAAGCAUAGAGCCAGACAAAUGCCCAAGCUAGUGUUGCCAUGGCUAACAUGACGCGAGCGACGCAAGCCUGCCUUCGGUACGUGUUGGCAUAAAUAAAUGUUGAAACAAUGUUUGGGAAAAUGUGGGCGAGGGGUUGUUGCAUGCAAUUAUUUCUCCUUUAAUUUCAAUUCAAUUUGUUUAUCUUACAUUCAUUUGUCAAUCACGGCGGGAAAUUUGAACUAGCUUUCGCCCAUAAAAAGCCUGCGUUAUGUGCUUGCCCGCGGUUUGUAAACGCGCUACUUCAUGUUAGUAUCAUCAUAAUAUAUAAAGACAAUAUGGCUGACCACAAAUGCGAAUCUGAGCUCAGAGAGAGUAAUUUUGAUGAGGUAGAAUUAAACAAAGCUUUAAAGGAGCUACGAAAUCUGGUAGUCUAUUGCCAAAAGCCAUUUUGGAGAAUUUCGCUAUCGUUUAAGUUAUGGUGUGGGGGAUUUUUUUCGCAUGGCAAAUUAGUGGCAUGCGAUGAAUGUCAACACGAUGUAGUGUUAGAAAGCCUUGGAAAAUAGUUCUUGAUGUUGGUUUUCCUGUGGAGAUAUUUUCAAUUCUCAAAGAAAUGGUUAAGCCGUUAAGGAGUCAAAUUUUGUCGCAUAUUUUCACGAGUCCUGGCUUUCAUGUGUGAUGGCUUUUACAUCUCGUCUUCCUGUGGCCAAUCUAUUUUUGCGGUUAACGCAAUCUGACAUGCCAAGAGAAGGUUUUUUAACAAAAAGUUUAAAACAAUUAAUAGGAUUGAGGCCAUUAUCUCUGAUGAGAAACAGUUGGGAAUUGUGUAUAAAUAUAUAAUUACGACAAAGAAGAAAUUCACGAUUUUCCCAUGGCUUUUAGAAUGACCAUAUAUAAGGCUUCCCACAACACUUGUAACGAAAUGUGCCGGGCAUUUUACCUGACUAUGGCAAGGAAUAUAUAUACUCUGCGAAAAUACUCAAGUAUUAACAUUAACAAUAGGGGGAUUCAAGGUUUCCGAUGCCAUAGCAAAACACAAUAGUGCAAGGGGUGCAAACACAAUGGAAUUCUCUAUAGGUAAAUUUCAGAGGGUGCAAACACAAUGGUGAAAACAAUAGAUUCAAGAUGGCGUCGGAAACUUUAAACCCCCCUUUUAAAUGGGUAGGUUAAGUCUCGGAGUGGCCGAGGUUUCGUUCAGAGUAAAUAAUCAAGAAAUACGGCUGCUUGAAUUGUGUCAGUCUGCCAUUGCAUUUUAAUUUUAAUUAAGUUAAAAUGAAGAAAGCAGACAGAAAAUAGACUCCCUAUUAUAAUUGUUGUAUUUUUGCUAACAGCAACAGAUUUAACAAUUUCAGACAUAAUUUCAUUAUUGCAAUAAAAGAACUUCUCAUCUGUUGAGCUCUUUCUCAUCAAACGACAGUUGAAGUUGGAUGAAUCUGCGCCCAAUCCGCCAAAAAAGACGGUUUCUGAAGUGGCAGGCACACAUUUCUAACAUAAUCAUGCCUAAAAAUCAUCUGCUGCCUAUUUCUAGUAUGACUGUGCAUUGCAUAGGCAACAAUGUGCACAUGGUUGCCUUCGCGUCUCUUCAUAGUGUAAACACCAAGUGUAACGCUAUACUUCUCAAACAUCCACUUGGAAUGCGCAGCGACAACCUUGCCAAUAUUCCAUUAACUUGGGGAAGGUGAAUAUAGCCAAAUAGAGACAAAGCAGACCAGUAUUCAUGAGGUCGCCAGGAAUAAUUUCUCAACUUUAUCAGCAGAGAAAUGAUACAUCGAGAAAAGCGAAAUGGACUAACAAAGCCUUAGAGCAAUAAACACAAUAAUAAUGAGUUUUGUGUAAUUUGUUUAACAUCAGUACUGUUGCCCUUGAUGGCACUCACCAAAUUCAUACAACCAAACAAUAUAAGCCAACCGAAUCGUUACCUGUGAAUCGAUAGGUAAAAGUCUUAUCAUGUGUUCGUUCUUCAAAUAACCACUUUUAACUAAUUGCUCUUUCUUCAAAUAACCACUCAACUAACUAGUGGCCUUAACAUUAACCCCCAGAGACACAAAAUACAAGGCAUUUUUUAAUACCAUGUACUGGGGCAUUUGCCCGACUGGGCCCCUACCUCUGCCCCACCACUGAAGAAAGAAAAUGGCCUAUUGCCCCAAAGCCAGGGCCCUAGAACCUGUAUUGAAUAAAUGUAGAGUUUAACAUUGAAAAGAAGUUUAAGGUGGCUCGAUACAGUUAUCACAGAAACCCUGCUCAAGAAUCGCGAAGAAAACCGGGUGACCAUUUUUACGGCGCUGGUCGCGGAAACUGAUUAAGAAAAUGAAAGAACUUCCAAAAUGACCUGACGUGAGCAGUUGCUCGUGCCAUCUCACGUGUUCUUUAGCGUUUUAUGUCAAUUGCUGACGUCAUUAGAAUUUUUCAUUUUAGAAAAACAAUGCGCUAUAUCACUUUAUUUUUUCUGGUGACCUAUGUUUAAAUUUUGCAUGCUGUAUUGCACCGCUAAAAACUUUCAUUAUACAAAAAAUAAAAAAUUGUGUAAUGCAAAAACAUUUUACCGAAGAGUACGACAUUUUCGCAUUUUCCAAAAAAUUGGCAUUACCGAAUUUUUUAUAUUUUGCUAAUUGUUAGAUUUUCGUCCAAGUAAAAUAAUGCACGAAAAAAAUGGGGUCACCAUGCUUCUUUUCCAACCAUACCAAACGAUAGGCCAUUUUGGCGUGAAUUUCGUACACGUAUGUCGUCAGAGCAACGAAUUAUCUGUUACUAAAACUAAUAUAAUUUGAAAGUAGAGAUAUUUAAAUAUGUAAAACCCCGAUAUCUGCUGAAUAAAUCCUAAAAAUUCGUAGCUUGAACAUGUCAAAAUGUUGAACACCUUAAUUUUUGAAAACUGCAUCGAGACACCGAGCAUAGUUAAACUUCUGUUAUGUUUGAAUGUUUAGCAAGGAAUUUACUACAAAUUUCACCAUUAAAACUUUGUUUUGAGAAGCUGAGAUUUUUUAAAAAUGUGUUCUGAGAAUGCAGCAAAUGCUAUUUAAGAGAUUCAAAUAUUUAAAAAAUAGCUUCAACCCCCCUAGCUAACUCGUGCCUGCGGUACUCUGAUCACACCUUCGGCGAUCGCAUACUAAGCUGGGGGAGAGCAAGGAAAAUGGGCCCUUUGGCAGUUUUGCCCUACCACUGAAGAAUCCUAAAAAAAUGAACUGACCAAAUACCUCCUAUAAUACUACACUCAUGCAUGUAUGUAUCAAAUAUAUCUGUUAGAGACGAAAUGUUGGGGGGCAGAUUGCUAUUAUAUAGCAAGAGUUAAUUUCAGAAGUUGAUUGUAUAGAUUUGCACUGCAUUAUUUUUUAGAUGCAGCGGUUCAAGAACUGCUUUUUCACAAAGUGAACCAAUGAGAGGUUUAAAGUUUUGAUAUAAAAUUAGCAAUCAAUUGUGUUACCUUUUUUUCUCUGUGUAAUAGCUGUUAGCUUAUCUGAUACUUUUGUUUAAACUGAGAUACUUUGCAUGCCACGUCAACUGGGAUUAUAGCUCCAAGUUUUCCAAUUGCAGUCCAAGGUUUUGCCAAAUUUACCUUGUAAACACGAAAGAUCACCUGCAGACACAUUUUAAAAACUAGAAAAGGAUGUGACUGAGUUGGACAGUUCGCCAUUUAUGAAUGCCACAAACUUCAAAACCAAAUUUAACUGCCAUGAUACACAAAUGAUAUGUUUUCCCCUGGAUAGCAUGACAUUUCUCCGCAAGAGAUUGACACAAUUCUACAAUAGCAUCAUGUGUUUCAUUGCAAUUUGCCACAGACAACAAAAAAUUAUCAUUAGUCUAGUACUAGUCACUCGAGGACCAACAUUUGGAAAACUAACCAACUAUGAAACAGAUUCAUCCCGUUUCCCGUUUCUCAUUUCUUCAAUUGGACACAAUUGUUUCAAAACUCAAAAUUGUAUGAAACGAUUUUCUAAAUAUCUAAUUUUGAAAUCACUGAGGAUGUCCAAUCACGAAACCUUGGAUAAUAGCCUCGCGCACGUGAUAAUUGAUGAAUUUUAGACUUCGCUUUCCUUUAUCCGGGUGUAAAUAGCAGAGCGCAAUUAUUACUCUCGUCCAGGAUUCUUGCCAUUGGCUGGCGGAAAUAAACAUGUAAUUUUUCCGAUCCACUCCACUUAAACACUUCCCAACGAAGGGCCUUCGCUUGAAACGGAAAGUUUUGUUCAUAUGGUGCUUCCUUCCCUCUCCCACUUCAUGCAACUGUCUAUACCUGCAAUGUGCGGGGAAUGGCAGUUUACGAUGAACAUUAUACCACCUCAAUCAAAUAUUGACUGAUUAUUUUCCAGCUUAAGCCAAAUCAUGUAAGCACUACGAAUGUGGAAGACAGUCUUCAUUAUUUCGUAGGUCAAAGCACAUAGGAAACAGAGAAAAUCCAAUAACGAAUUUUUUUAUCAGGUCGAAGUGAAGAAAAUCUCCGUGAAAAGCUGCUAUUUGAGGCUUACUCAAUUGACGGCUAUGCCUGUCAUUUUCUCACUGAUGCAUUUGCCACUGGACAUAUGAGGUACGAUGUUACAGCUCCAACAACAAAGACAGAAAUUCAAGAAGAAACUAAACAGCAACAACGGCAACGGCAUGCAACGACAAUGACAACGACAACAAUAACGACAACGGAAACGGCAACAACACCAAUUACUAAUAAUUUCAUUUGGAACCAAUCAAAUGUAUAGUUUGUAGUGCAUGAGUAUUACUCAUAUACUUUUAUUUAUUUACUAUUAGGGAAUUAAUUAACGUGAAAAAUGACUGAACAAAUAAUUGGAAAUCAACAGGAAUAACCGUGCUCUGUUUCUGAAAGAGAUGCGCAUUCUCUGUCCCACUCUACAAAAUAAAUUAAUUAUGUCUUUUCUUUUCGUUUGUAAUGCUCUCUUUCAUUCUAGAACACCAAGGGCUGCCUUACCUAUGAAAGUCACGCCAGCCGUCAUAGGACAUCUUCUAUGUAAAUACAUGCAUGAUGAAGACAGCAAAUUUGGCAUUCGUGUUACCAACGUCCGUGGGAACACAUUGGUUGCUUACGGAGGUGGAAGGCUCAUGGAAGAAGCCGACAAGGUAAUCAUACUCUACAAUUCUUGGAUUUUAUACGUAAAGCCAAUGCUAAACGUUGCGUUUUUACUCCACGCCGGGCACAGAUGA